AAACCCUAUAGCAUAAAAUAGAUUGAUCGUUAAGGAUUUGAGUUCUCCGAAAAUCCCUAACCCUAAUGAAGACGCUAACAGGCAAAAUCCUCUCUUCAACUCCGAUUUCCGUUUCCAAGGCAGCCAAAAUCAUUACUAACUUCGCCGCUACAGACAACGGCGCGUCGCAAGCCAUCAGUGCAUACCUUCGACGCGCCUCCGCCUCAUUCAGCGAGCUCAAACAGUUGCAUAGAGAGCUCCAAAAGCCCUCUAGAUCGAAUCUCAAGCACAAGAAGUCCAAGUCCGAGACCACAGUGGACGGUGCUCGGGAGUCGAGCCUAGAACCAAGUGUAUUCAACUUGACCCGCGAAGAUGUGGAGCUGAGCCAAGAGGCAAGUCGCGGGCACGGAGACGGAGACGCUAACAGAAAAAAGCAUAAGAAGAAGAAAGAUAAGAACGAUGAAAUUAAUUUUCGGGACAAUGGGGGCAAAAUUGGAAUUAAAGACGGUGAGACCAAAAGGAAGGAGGAGAAGAAUGAGGCUAAGUUUGGGGAAGAUGAGAGCAAAACUGCAACUGAGCAGAGCGAGGUAAAGAAGCAGAAGGAGGAGAAAAGUGGUAAAAAGUUUGAAAAUAUUGAGGAAAAUGGAGUGAAAAUUGAGAAGGGUGAAAUGAGGUAUGGAGAAGGAAGGGAAUGGGAGAAGAAGAAGAAGAGGAAGAGGAAGAGUAGAGAUAUUGAUGAGGGAAUUGAAAAUAAUUCUGCUUCAGAACCACGGAAGAAGAAGAAGAUUAAAAAAUGAAGUUGACAAGGGAUUUAUUGUAGGCAUUUAAACAAUUUUUGUUUUUUUCUUAUGGCAGAUUGAAGGAGGGUUUUGGUUUGGAGGCAAUGGUUAGCUCUGCAGUUAAAAUGGGUAAUCAUUUUUGGGUACUAUUUACAUUGUAAUGUUUGAAGGAAGUAUGUCGUUUCUAAUUUGUAAUGAAAGAAAUCUACCUGUGGCUAAUUUUGGCA